AUGCAAAUAAUUGUUUAGAUUAUAUUACACCAAAAGCAAUAUUAAGAAGAAACUAUUAGGAUGUAAUGCAAACAACUAACGGAGGAAUAUUAAUAACUGCUCGAAAUAAUAUGUUUAUUGUACCAUAGGUUGAUAAUAGCCCUUUAAGAAAUUCAAUUUAUUUUCCAUACAAUUGAUUAGUGGGACAUGUUGCUGUUCCCUUGCAUGGAAUUAUUACUCUUGAGUUUAUAUAAUCCUAUUUAAUAAACAGGAUUAGGUUUUGGAUGUACGAUUAUGAUGUAAGAGUCACCCAUAUGCAAGUAUUUGCAGUUGACGAUGAUGGAAUUACAGAAACAUUAAUUUAUUAAGGUUCAGUUCCACCUGGUGUAAAGACUGUUUAAUUUCCUGAAUUGUUAGUAAAAAAGUUAAAGUUUUACAAUAAAGAUGGAAAUACCUUAUACGAGCAUAUGUCCAUAAUAAAGGCAUAAGCGUAUUAUGCUAUCUGAUUAAUUAAAAUUUAUAUCUAAAUUUUCGAAUUUAUCGAAAAUAUUUCUCAUUCUUUAUUUACAGAAAGAAUCAAUCAUUUAAAAAAAAUAAAAUAGUCAUUAUAUUAUAUACAUAAUUUAUAACAGCUUAUUAAAAAACUAAUUACUUUUUGAUUUAAAUGAAAAUUUUAUUUACAGUAAAUUUUGA